AUGGCUAAAUUGUGGCUCCUAGACUCUCCUUAUGCAAAGGCAUUUCACCUUAUUCAAGAAUAUUAGAAGUACUAAUAUAUUAGUCCAAGUGAAAAAUCACUAAUUAAGGACUUAAUUAUUCGAAAAGAUGCUUCAGUCUCUAAUUUAUUGUGUUCAAGGAGCGAUUUGGAGAUGAGAGAAAAUCUAUAAAAAUUAAUUAAAACAAUUCGUUUAUAAAUAGAAUUAUAAUAAAAUGAAGACGACGAUGUUUCGACAAGCACAAGUCUUAAAUUCUUUUUGAGACAGAAAUUAAAGCUGAAAAUUACUAAUAGCAACUUCGAUCUAGCUAUAAAUAAAAGAUGA